AAAUCUGAAUUCAAAAACUUCACAUGUACAUUUUAUGGCGACUUCAAGUUGGCGUCAAACCCGACGUCUUUUGAAGAUGCAGUGGGGGUUUUUGCUGAUCUUCCAAACCUACUGGGAGAAAAUCAAGAGCUGGCAGUUCCUCUGAGAGUUUGGCUUUAUCCUCUGGACAAACUUCACUCGAAAGUUUCCAAACUUCAUAAAGACAUCAGCAUGGAUCUAAUCGUCGAGAUAGAAUCAGUGGUUGAGGGUUUAAACACAGCUGAGAUGAAAUGCAGUGACCUUCUGAAAAACUCUCCCGCUCAGACGUUUGCUGCAUUUAAAAAGAAAAUACUGCAAAUGAAGAAAAACUGCUACAUGUACAAGUUGAGAUUCAGGAAGAAACUCUGCUCUUUGCUGCCAAGCAUCCGCGGAGACGUGAUGAAGGAAACUGCACUGAAUGAACUUCUACAAGAAAAUAAUGAAUCUCCAUUCAGAAGAUGUGAUCUUGAAGGAUGGCUGGAAGAGAGGGAAAGAGAGUCUGAGAUCAUUAAAUCAGUCCUCAGACAGCUGAAGGAUUAUGGUGCACAGACAGAAGACAACAUAGAUGCCAUCUUGAUGGAUCUGGAGGUUGGAAAUCUGGUCAGUUACACGUUCACAUCACUGAACUGCUCAGAUGUGCUGCUUCUU